CCCACCCCUCCCCAAAAAAAUGAGGGUAUGAAAGGUGGUGUGCUUGUGGACAAAGAGGAAAGAUGAGUCUGUCAUGUAGAAAAGACCCUUACGGCCUCUCCUUGUAAAGACGAGAGAGCCGUGGGAGGUGACGGCUGUAGGAGGAUCAGUAGUGUUUAUAAAGGGGCCGAACCAGGCAGGCUCUUGUGGAAGGAAGGUGAUAGAAUGGCUAACCAGAGCUUCGCCAUCGAUGGCCCUGGCAGUUUGCUGGCUGUGCUGGCCUCGCAGAGUGGACUGGCAAGAGGCGGCAGCAGCAGCAGCAGCAGCAGCAGUGACGGCAGCAGCAACAGUGGAGGAGUCUCAGCCACAGAUAUGUCUGCCUACUUUAAGCUGGUCUUCUUGGGUUUGAUCAUCUGUGUCAGCCUUGUAGGCAACCUCUUGGUCUCCCUGCUGGUCCUACGAGACAGGACACUUCACAAGGCUCCCUACUUCUUUCUCCUGGACUUGUGCCUGGCCGAUGCAGUUCGCUCAGCUGCCUGCUUCCCCUUUGUGCUGGUUUCCGUCCACAACAGCUCGGCCUGGACUUACAGUGCCUUGAGCUGUAAAGUUGUGGCUUUUAUGGCUGUGCUGUUUUGUUUUCACGCUGCCUUCAUGCUGUUUUGUGUGGCUGUCACCCGCUACCUUGCCAUCGCCCACCACCGAUUCUACGCCAAGCGCAUGACCAUCUGGACCUGCGCCGCCAUCAUUUGCAUGGUGUGGACUCUGGCUGUUGCCAUGGCGUUUCCACCUGUCUUUGAUGUGGGGACAUACAAGUUCAUCCGUGAUGAGGAUCAGUGCAUUUUUGAACACCGCUACCUGAAGACCAACGACACCCUGGGCUUCAUGCUCAUGCUCGCUGUGGUGGUCCUGGCCACCCACGGUUUCUAUGCCAAGCUGCUGCUGUUUGAGUACAGGCACCGCAAGAUGAAACCUGUCCAGCUGGUGCCAGCUAUCAGCCAGAACUGGACCUUCCACGGUCCUGGGGCCACAGGUCAAGCUGCAGCUAACUGGAUUGCUGGGUUCGGUCGUGGUCCCAUGCCACCCACUCUUUUGGGCAUCAGGCAAAAUUUACACAAUCAACACCGGCGGCUGCUCGGGAUGGAAGAGGUGAGGUCAGAGAGGAGGCUGGGCAGGAUGUUCUACACCAUCACCCUGCUCUUCCUGGUGCUCUGGGCUCCCUACAUCGUGGCGUGCUUCUGGAGGGUGUUUGUCAAGUCCUGCACCAUCCCUCACAGGUACCUCUCCAUCACAGUGUGGAUGAGCUUCGCCCAGGCUGGAGUCAACCCCAUCUUCUGUCUCCUGCUCAAUGAGGACCUGAGGAAAGUGCUGAGAGCUCACCUGCCCACCUACUGGAGGACUAAACAACACCUGCCCCAGGAUGAGGCCUACUGCAUUAUGUGAUAAGAUAUGAGCUUAAUGAAGAGAAUGUUUUAGGUUUUAAAGGGAAACGUGGAGAAUAGAAGUGAUAUAAUGCACCUUGGUUAAGUGUCAGUGUCUGUUUUGUUGUUUUGCACAACAAAAAUCACAUUUUUUGCCAACAAAUGCAGGCACAGUGCUACUUUAUGAAGAAUGUUGAUAUUUGAAUAAAUGUGUCUGGUGCAAAGGUUUGAACAGGCCUUGGUAACUCUUUAAUGGUUUGUAUUUCUGAUGAUGUACUGUAUGAUUAAGAAGUAGGAAGGAUCACAACAAUCACCACUCCAACUAAGUGUGACAGAUGCCAUUUUAAAUUGAUGUUGCCUUAUUUCAGAGGGACACGCCCCAGAGUUUUUCGACUGAGAACUGGUUCCUGUGUCACAUGCGACACAAAACAGACACACAGAGGGUUGAAAUCCUUGAAGAAAAGUGCUGUGGACUGUGAAUAGAAAGUGUUGAUCAGAGCAUUACUAACUCUGAAACACAUCAAGGAACUCAAAGGGUCUGAAUGGAUUGAUAGACCACCCCGGACACCUUUUCAUUGAAUUCAAAGGAGACUGCAGAAUAUCGAAUGGACUCAAUAACCUUGGAUACAUUUAAAUAGCUGUUGUGAACCCAAGAAGCCCCUAACAUGCUUGAUUUUUUGGACUUGAUUUAGGGCGUGUCAGGUUUCUUUGUAUCAUAAAAAAAUUGCCUGUUUUCCUUUAUUUGUAAACUAUACAUGUUAAGCAGAUGACACUAUUUUGAAAUAUGACUUGAUUUGAUAUUGUAUAGACUGUACAGGAAUGUAUAUUCCUGCUUGUGUGUUUUUAUAUAGCAUUUGUGUGUAUGUGUGUGUGAGAGGAAGAGGUAGAAAAAUGAAAAAA